AACCUGGGGCCUCAAGGCCACAUGUGGCCCUCUAGGUCCUCAAGUAUAUAGCCCUUUGACUGAAUCAGUGAGGCUGCAGGUUCCCCACCCUUGGUUUAGAGAAUGCUGAUUUGUAAUUGAUCCAGAAGAGAAUAUGCAAGGGGCAGUUAGAAAUGUAGAGCAGGACCUCAGGGGAAAGUUGGGUGUAUAUGCAGAAAUUUGGAAGUUAUUUCAUAGAUGUAGUAAUUGGAACCAUGGGAGCUGAUGAGAUCUUCAUGGUAAGAUAUAUAGAGAGGUGAAGGGCUAGUACUUUAGGAAACAUUCAUUUAAUGGACAGGAGGAAGAUGAAGAACCAACAUGAGAUAGAGAUGGCAAAAAGGAGAGCUAUCAGAAAAGAUGAAGAGGUGAAGGAAAGAGGGUCUUUUUUUAGCCUUUGUGUCCUAGAUGUUUUUAGACUGAGGUAAAAAGGAUCCAAUUGAGAGGGGAGAGAUUGAACAUACAUUAGAGAGAAGGGAUGAUUGCUGGAGCAAGGUUCCCAGUCAAUGAGGUCAAGGGUACAUGUUUUAAAGUGAUUAGGAUCAAAGAGUUACUAUGAACUCCUACCCUUCCCCUCCUCACCUCAAAAUGUUUGAAUGUCCUCCCUCACCCCAUCCUUCCCUCUUAUGGCAGAGGUUCCUAAGCUGGGGUCCACAGGUUCCCAAGGAGCCUAUGGAUAGAUUUCAGGGAGUCUGUGAACUUGGAUGGAAAAAAUCAUCUUUAUUUUUACCAACCUCUAAUUGAAAUUGAAACAAAAACAUUAUUACAGUCUCUAGAUCUCACCAGAGUGGCAAAGAGGUCCAUGACACAAGUUAGAGCUCCUGCUUUUGUCUCAGAAGACAAGGUAGCCCUCUUUGCCAAUGUCAAGUUCCUUGAGAGCAGGGGCUUUUAUUUUUUUAUAUUUGUAUCUGUCUUUAGUGUCUGGCACAUAGUAGGAACUUCAUAAAUGUUUGUUGCUUGCUUGAUAAAUAAUGUAGGAAAUAACAUCAUCGUUGGAAUUCGGAGCUUAAUGUUUGGAACAACAGCUGUGAGGAAUGUGUUAGAGUCGGCAAGAAAUGAAUAAAAGAGAUGUUGUGCAGCAGUAAGGCCACAGCUGGGGUUAGAGAGUGCAUCUGUAAGUUAACCUAGUUGGCUUGGCUUUGUGAAUAAGCAGGGGCCCAAGGAGAAGGUACUCAGAGUUGGCAGUUAGAGAAGCAGUAAUGUCAGAAAGUUAAUGGUGCAAGGCAUAGAGGGAGAAAAACCUUGUUAAAGAUGGCUGACCUAGACCUCACCAUCCCAUAGCCUAUGUUGUUCAGUCUUGUUGAUUUUACCUGUGCCAAAUCUUUUGAGUCUGUCCACCCACCAUGCUAGCUGUCAUCACUUCUUUCCUAGACUCUUCUGAAAUUGGACAUUCUCCCUGUGACCAGUCUUUCCUCUCUUUUAUCCACCCUUCACUCAACUGCCAAGGCAAUAUUCCUAAAACAGAGUUCAGCAUUUUGUCCCCUAAUUCAGAUAUUUUCAGUGGCUCCCUUUAGUCUUCAGAAGAAAACUUUCUUCCACCUGGCAUUUAACACUGCAAUAUGGCUCCCACCUCCCUUUUCAGACUUCUUUUGCAUUACUCUCCUUUCUUAUCACUUAAAAAAUAUAUAUUACUUUAUAUUACUCGCUUUCUUCUAAGCUGGCCUGUUAGCUAUUCCUGACACAUGACAUCAUUCCAUCCCCUACAUGUGUGCUUCCUUUUCACAUCCCCCUAGCUUCCUUCCAAAGUAUACUUCAGACGCCACCUCCUGCAUAAGAGCUUUUCUGGUUCCCCCGUUGUGUUUUUUCAUUCUGUAGCUAAGAUUUUAUUAUAGCUGAGAUUUCUUGUUUGAUCAUCAUUAUACAGACACAAUGAACAUUUGUACAUUUUUAAAAUGCUAGUAUAAAGAAUCUAAAAACCAUGUAGUUGUAAUCUUAAAAAAAACACUACACAUUAUUUUAGUUUCUUCCCAUUUCUGAGUUUGGAGGCAGCUGUCCCUAAAAAGAGGGCAUCUAAUACCAAUAUCCUGAAUUUGGAUAGCCAUUAGGUCUUUUAUAAACAAAAGUACUACUAAUGAUUUAGUAAAAAUCAUACACACAGGUUUUCCAAUCUUUUAUAGCACAUUCACAAAAUUACUAGAAAAAAUUGUACCACUAUACUACCAAAAUUUUACAAAUAGUAAACUAUUCUGAGUGGGAAAUCCAAUGUCAGGGAGCAGUUUUGUUUAUGAAACAAUUCUACAGAAAAUAAGAUGUAUGCAUAAAACAGGUAAUUAAAAUACUAAGAUCUUUAAAAUUCAUGAUCAUGACUCCAAAUUGGAAUUUUUGCUUUUUUCAUUUAAUGCAAUAUAAAAGCUGUCUAUGGGAUGUUAAACCUAGCCACAAAACAGCCCUUAACCAACAUUCCAUUAAUUUCUGGUACUAUAGAAGAAUAAAUAACCAGUACAUGGAAACCUUCUAAAAAAGGCAUUUUUACUUGUCCAAAUAUUUUUUAAAGGCAUUCUAUGAAAUUCUCUGUUUCUUAAACAUGUUUCUAGAGCCAAUAAAAAGCUUGGAUUUAUAAAAGAAUUGAUUAAAAAAUACAAGAAGGGAGGUGACAGGUACAAGUGUUAAAAAUACUCAGUGCUUAUUCAGGUUUAUGAAGGUGAGAGAGCAAUGACAAAGGAUAACAACUUGCUUGGCAAAUUUGAACUCACAGGAAUCCCCCCAGCACCCAGGGGUGUUCCUCAGAUUGAAGUAACAUUUGACAUUGGUGCAAAUGGCAUCCUCAGUGUUUCUGCUGUGGAUGAGAGCACAGGCAAGGAGAACAAGAUCACCAUCACCAGUGACAAAGGACGUCUGAGCAAAGAAGACAUUGAGUGCAUGGUCCAGGAGGCUGAGAAAUACAAGGCUGAGGAUGAGAAGCAGAGAGACAAGGUGCCUUCUGAGAAUUCUCUGGAAUCUUACGCUUUCAACAUGAAGGCCGCUGUAGAGGAUGAAAAACUGCAAGGCAAGAUUGGGGAUGAAGACAAACAGAAGAUCCUUGACAAAUGUAAUGAAAUAAUCAGCUGGCUGGAUAAGAACCAGACUGCUGAGAAGGAAGAAUCUGAGCAUCAGCAGAAAGGACUGGAGAAGGUCUGCAACCCCAUCAUUGCUAAGCUGGACCAGCGUGCAGGGGGCGUGCCAGGAGGCAGAGCAGCCCCAUCUGGAGGUGCUUCUUCUGGACCCACCAUUGAAGAGGUCGACUAAACACACCAGUAGAAAGAGCAUUCCACGCAGCUUUCCAGAAAUUGAAGGACUCAAAUUUGUAGCCGAGGCAGUAGCAGUUUAAAAGUAACAUUUAAGCUACUGUAUAAAUCUGGGCAUUCUGAAUACUUGAAUGUGUGCAGAGGGAGAGAAGUGAGCAACAUUGCACUUUAUCAGUACUGUAAACAAGUGGAAAUGCAAUUCUUG